AUGGCUGCUGGCUCCCCUGUGUACAUGGCAUUGCCAGGGUCCCCAUGUCCAAGCAGCUGCACCAGCUCCACAUCCGGUCCGGUCCUCACUGAGGCAGACCUAAAGCCUCCAGGGCAGUCACAGGAGCAAACUCCUAUGGAUGACUCACAUACAGAGGUGGAAAUAAAACCACAGUUGAACCCCAGGGGCAUUUCCUCAGGUUUAGAACAACUGGAGAAGAAUCCAUCACCUCGGGUUGUGAAAACACAUCUGCCAAUUGAUCUCAUUCCUAAAUCUUUCUGGGAAAACAACUGCAAGAUCAUUUAUCUGGCUCGAAAUGCCAAGGAUGUUGCUGUCUCAUUUUACCACUUUGACUUAAUGAAUAAUUUGCAGCCUUUUCCUGGAACCUGGGGAGAAUAUCUAGAGAAAUUCUUGACUGGAAAUGUGGCCUAUGGUUCCUGGUUUAAUCAUGUUAAAAGUUGGUGGAAGAAAAAGGAAGAACACCCAAUACUUUUCUUAUUCUAUGAAGAUAUGAAAGAGAAUCCAAAGCAAGAAAUCAAGAAGGUUGUUCAAUUUCUAGAGAAAAACCUGGAUGAUGAGAUCUUGGAUAAGAUAAUCCAUCACACAUCGUUUGAAAUGAUGAAUUCUGGUUACAUCACUGAUAAAAUGGAGAAAAGAAUAGCAUCUGAAGCACAAGCUUUGGGGGAGGAUAUUCAUAGAAGAUAUGUAAGCUUGCAUUGGAUUGCAGGUGACUGGAAGAAUUAUUUCACAGUGGCCCAAAAUGAGAAAUUUGAUACCAUUUAUAAGAAGGAAAUGUCUGAGACUGAACUUCAGUUCCGUACAGAGAUUUAA